GUGCCCGUUCGUUUGUAAAAUCUACACGUGUGGCAGGAGAUCACGCUUUGACGAAUUAACCGACUAGUGAAGAAUCGAUGAGCCAGUAACCGACACUUGGGCAAGUGCACCCAUGGAUGCUAUGUGUGCUGCCUACACUGCGCAAGAUAGCUCAAGUUUCCAUCGCGUAUUAUGGAUGUGUGCAUAGUCGUGCUGCGGCCCGGCCGCAGCAUCAGCACACAGGUCGGCUUCGCGCUCGAAUUCCGGCCAAAACAUUACGACCUGCUGCUGGUCGAUCACAAGGUGACGGACAGAAACAAGCAGACGCGCCAGCUGCCCAAGUUUGUGUGCUACGAGGAGGAUGUCGAUCUAGCCGCUCUCAACUACCUCGCCACGUUCACGGGCGUCAACGGAAAUGGUCUCUCAGGCAAGCGCGCCCUGUUGCUACCAGCACCAGACGAGGACGAACCAAACAUGCCCUUCCAGGCGCUCGUGCUCAUACCCGUUAGCGAAAAGGACAAGGUGUCGGCGGUGGUCGAGGAACCCGGCGCACGCGCCAAGUUCCAUCCGCUGGAUCAGGUGCUGGAGUGUCUGCAUCUUGACACGGGACCCCUCAACGCACUGUCACGACAGAUGAUCGGCCGUCUGGAAUUGUGGUUCCGGGGCAAGUGCCGGGAGCCGUGUGCAAUAGAGGCGCUGUUCCGCGUGCACGCCGACGCGCGGCUCGGCCAGACGACGACGAACCCCGUCUUCUCGCAGGACCGCGGCCGGCCGGCGAGCAAUGAGGCGUUCGCCAACCUGAUGGCCAUCGAGAAGUGCGACAUCGUCAUCAUGAACCCGCUGUUCGGCUCCGGCUUGCCGCUGCCCUACAAGCCGCAGCUUGAAGAGCAAGAGGCAAGUAGGACGUGGAAGCCCCGGUUGAAGUACCACAAGUCCACGUCUUCUUCUGGCAGUGACUCGUCUGGUGGCUGGACAGAAGAGUUCCCUCUACACAAGUGUGCCUGCGCUGGCCAGACGCAGAAAAUGCAGGAGCUGCUAGCGCAGGGAUACAGCCCGACGGAGAUGGACCGGGACUCCUGGGCGCCAAUACAUUACGCUGCCAUGUACGGCCAGCUGGGAGCGAUCCAGGUGCUGCUCAACCACGGCAGCUGCCCGCCGAACAUCGAGAACAGCAUCGGCUGGACGCCGCUGCACUUUGCCGCGCACUACGGCCACUCGUACGUCGUCGAGCUGCUGCUCAACCACCCGUCCGUCAACAUCAAUUCCAAGGAUAAGGACGGCAAAGCACCCGUAGAUUUGUGCGUCAGCAGCCCAAAGACGGACUGGCAGGCAUGUGCAAAGCUUCUGCAGCGAGCUGCGAACCAAACGCCGAAGAAGAUGCAGGUUUCGUUGCUGGACGGCUCCAACAUGAUGUUGAACCUCGAGGCAGGCAAGGACACGACCGUGCAGCAGCUGCAGGAGCAGCUGAUGCGGGAGCUGCAGCUACCCGAGGCUGCCACCAACGUGUUUGCCUUCUGGGUCUGCUCACCCCACCUACAACUGCAGCUGAAGAUGGAUCACAAGCCGUGGUACCACCUCGACCUGUGGCAGAGCUCUGUUGUCAACCAGCUGACAGACCUGAGUGACACGUCGCGUGAGCAACCGAAGCUCUACCUGCGUCGCGACGCGCGCCUCAGCGUCAGCGAGGAACGUGAGGUAAUCAGCAGAUGUCCGACGGCAGUGAGUCUACUGUUCCACGAGGCACACGAUAACUACAUCAGCUCCAACUACCCCUGCUCUGAUCAAGAGGCGGCCAUAUUGGCAGCCAUAUUCCUACAGUACUUGCACGGGGACUACGACGGCAAGAAAACAAAGACAUACCUCGCAAAAGAAGAACACCUGGAGCGGCUAAUACCAAAAGCAAAGAUGCGGGCCAGCAAGGGCACGAACUGGGUGUCGAAGAUCGUCACCGAGUACAAGCAGCUGUCGUCGCGGCUGAAGGACAAGAGCCAGUUCAGCCUGCAAUACAAGUUCCUGUCAUUUUGUUGGCAUCUGGACGUAUACGGGUCAGCCCUCUUUCAGGGCAUCGCCUUCACGGGCAAGGGUGCGCUAGAGGUUCAGAUUGGCGUGAACUGCAAUGGCAUCCAUCUGAUCAACUACCACACGAAGGUGAUGUUCGAAACGUACGCGUUUAAGAGCGUCGAGUGGAUGCACUCCGUCGAGCCGCCCUACGUGGAGGUGCGCGUGCGAGGAUCAGCAUCCAGACCGCUGAGGAUACGUACGAAACAGGCGCACGUCAUAUCGCAGCUGAUGACGAAGCUGUCGCAGCAGCCGCCUGCAGUCCGGUAGUAGCCGCUCUACGAUCACGCUCCCCGGCAGACGCCGACGUCGCGAGAUCGGCACCUGCAGAUUGACAGGUCGACCGACGUGUUGGCCGCAACGUGGUCGCAGAGUCUUCGUCGAGUGUGCGAGGCGUGAGAGGACACUUUGAGCUCGCAGUUUAGGGAAACUGUCGCAUUUGCGCGUCUACGAACAGCAUAGGAACAGUUGAGAAGAACUGCAUCGGCUGUGGAAGUGAUGACAAGGAGAGCUGAUUAAGUGCUGUUGGUUUUUGAAGAUGCACCUGUCAGGAUGGAGGAGGGGGGCAGCAAAGGUUAUUCGAUAGUGGUCAUUGCAAGUUUUGAGGUGCAAAAUAAUGUGAUAAGGGACAAUUCUGUGGAAUUUGGAUGUUCCGUAGUCAAGCGCACCACACAUUUUUGUGCUUUGAAUAAUUGGACCUAACACUUAUACAGGUUACAUAGGAACAUAAGUAUUGCAAUAUGGGCAUUGUGAUGCCAGGCGCGGUGUUACAGACAACCCAUGUUCAGACAUCAGGGCUCUGAGAUCGUUGCAUCACUGGGUUCAACACUUGAUUGCACAAAGAAAAAUUAUAACUAAUAAUCAUGACAAUUGAUUUGGUAUGUGAUCCAGCUUGGUCCUGCAGCUUUGCAUUCUCGCUGCUUGUUCUUGCCUUGUUAUUGACUCCAAAAAUCUGCGGAGGCAAUUUCUGCCAUCGAGGAGUCCUCUGGCAGUGUCACCUGGCUUACACGCAUGUACGGUGCAACGUGGGCGUCAAUGCGAAACGAUAACGGUAUUCGGUACAAGCACCGAGCCGUACAUCAGGGAAUGGCUUGCUUCCGUGAACUCCCGCCGCAGAUCUAGACCUGUCUACCUGGUAGCAGCCGCGGCAACGUCAGUAGAUGGAUUUGUGUAACCAGGCUUGGCUGAGCAGAUGUGCCGCCAUGUCUCAUUGAUACUCCGUACCAUGCAUCUUUACCAGAGUGUAUACAACCUUCAAGCAAUACCCAUUACUCGCAUGUAAUGCCUGAUGAUGCCCUAAAGUCUUAUUGAUACAGAUUGCUAUUCAUAAAUAACAGAGGGAAUCGCCUUGUCUGAUUGAUACUCGAUACCAUGCCAGAGGGCAACAAAGUGUUGUACGGAUACCCAGUGUCACGCAUGUGUAACAGAGGGUACGACAAUGGAUCGAUGCCAAGUAUCGUUCAUAGAUAACCGAGGGUACUACAGUGCCGUAUGGCUACCCAUUACCAUCUAUGUGUACUAGAGGAUAAUGCUGGAUGGCUACCUAAUGGCAUGCGUGUAUACUAGAAGGUUAAGCUGAUGGCUACCUAAUGGCAUACAUGUUUACUAGAAGGUUAAGCUGAUGGCUACCUAAUGGCAUACAUGUUUACUAGAAGGUUAAGCUGAUGGCUACCUAAUGGCAUACAUGUAUACUAAAAGGUUAAGCUGAUGGCUACCUAAUGGCAUACAUGUAUACUAGAAGGUUAUGCUGGAUGGCUACCUAGUUCCAAGAAAAGGUUAUCUUUUGUGAGAUCCACGAGUGCGUAACUCUGUGUUAUUCGCACAGCUGCCUCUGGCAAGAUGGCUAUCUAGAGACAUGGUAGAGGAUGUGUAAGGGAACAUGUCUUGCGGGCAAUUAUCGUGAUUGUUUAUCACACAAGGUGCAGGUGAAUUCCCCCGCGUGUUAUUUCCUUUGUGCUACGGAUGACGAAUUUGUGCUUGAGAAUUUUGGUCCAGAUGUGUUUAACAAAUACUAUCUAUCAUUAAAUGCUUACAGAACUUAGGCGAUUUCUCAUCGCCUAGGUCGUGUAUUUCACAAGAGGAACGUGCACAUUAGGGCCUAAAUUGUUUGAAUAUUUGUCAUGCAAACACUUGCAGGCCUAGCGCAUGCUGGCUGUGAGUGGCAUUUAUGCAUUCUGUAGUUUGAUAUGUAUAUUUAUUUGUAAUAUACGAUUUCUUGUAAUCAUGGUAAUCCGUUGUAUAGGUGUGAAUAGUGCUGAACCUGGACUGACCACUGAGUGGAAUGAACGUGUUGUUCAGAUGUUUAUCUUGGUGGCUGUUUGACAGUCAUUGUAUAUUUAAAAACGUAGCGUAAUUUUUGACAUGGGUAAGUCUGUUAUAAUUAUCUACUCAUUCCUUUGGUUUUAUGCGAUUAUAAAUGGUAAACGUGGGUUAAAUGUACCUAUACACAACUGUAAUUAGUCAGAUUCCUUGAUUUUGAUUUCAUUCGUGGUCUUCGGCCAGCUCUAUGAUAAAUGUAUAUUUUCGUAUUACUUUCCGUUGUAAGACAUUGCUUAUUGCAAUUCAGAACUAAACAUUUAGUAGACAAGUUAGCAUGAAACCUGGUUGAAUGGGUAGGAAUAAUUAUGAUGAGCUUAUUUGAAAAUGUGUGGCUUAUUAUUCUUAUUUUCAGCCAUUAUUAAAAUCGACCAAUGUGCAAAGAUGUUUUUUUUAAAUAUUUCAUUUAUAUUUGCCUAAACAA